ACUCUUCCAGCACAAACCAGCCACAAAUAUCCUAUAGCUAAUUAGUACUCACUUGGAUACAAUACCAAAGUCUUUUGUCUUUUGACUAAGUGAAAAGCUGGGCAUGAAGAUUCAGCGCCGAAAGGAACAAAAAAUGACAAAAGAGAUAUCCCCAUAUGUUGAAGAAAUUUUCCAUGGCAAAAGCAGCUAAACAUCUCACAGAUAAGAGAUAAAUUGGAAUAAACAGCUGUCAGUGUUAAAUAAAUAUCCUGGAUAAUGUGCAGGACAGAAAUAACUACAGCAUCGUCAAACUCCUUUCUUCACUUUAUUUAGCUGUUCUUGCAUGUAGCUCCCAACUUUGCACUGCUUCAGUUAGUGGAGCAUUUAUUUUUGAAUCAGCUGCAUUUGUUAAGACUGUAACAACGAAAGGCAUUUCCUGAGAGGCUGCAAGGAUGAGCUGCAAGAAAGAACAACAGCUAAGGAAAUACGGGACCCUAGUAGUGCUUUUUAUCUUCCAAAUUCAGAUUUUUGCUUUUGAUGUUGACAAUCGACCUACAACAGAUGUCUGCUCGACACACACAAUUUUACCUGGACCAAAAGGGGAUGAAGGUGAAAAAGGAGAUAGAGGAGAAGUGGGCAAACAAGGGAAGGUUGGGCCAAAAGGACCAAAAGGAAACAAAGGACCUGUGGGAGAUAUUGGUGACCAGGGAAUGCUUGGGAAAAUUGGUCCUAUUGGUGGAAAAGGUGAUAAAGGAGCCAAAGGCUUAUCAGGAGUUUCUGGAAAAAAGGGAAAAGCAGGCACGGUCUGUGACUGUGGAAGAUACCGCAGAGUUGUUGGACAAAUGACUAUCAAUGUUGCUCGACUUAACACAUCUAUCAAGUUUCUAAAGAACGUUAUAGCAGGUAUCAGGGAGACAGACGAGAAAUUCUACUACAUCGUGAAAGAAGAGAAGAAUUACAGAGAAGCCUUGAUCCACUGCAGGGACAGGGGAGGAACACUGGCCAUGCCUAAAGAUGAGGCAACCAAUGCCCUGAUUGCUGACUACAUCUCCAACAGUGGCCUCUUCCGAGCCUUCAUUGGGCUAAACGACAUGGAAAAAGAAGGACAGUUUGUGUACGCAGACAGCAGCCCACUGCAGAACUACAGCAACUGGAAGGAAGGAGAGCCUCAUGACCCAGCUGGCCGCGAGGACUGUGUGGAAAUGCUCAGCACGGGAGAGUGGAAUGACUCUGAGUGCCAAGUCACCAUCUACUUUGUCUGUGAAUUCCUCAAGAAGAGGAAAUAAGUGCCACAGAACAUGCCUGGCACCUGCUGUACAUACAACAACCCCUCCUCAUUCAUCCACUGUAGAGCGAGCAGACAACCAAGCACAGAGCUCACUCCAGCCUUCACCUCACCGACAGCAAGAGUAAUUACUGUUAAGGUGGCAGUGACCAUAAAGCCAGCACAGGUCUGCAGGGAGCACCCAGCCAGUUGUGAAUUUUUAUUUCAUUUUUGUGUGUAAUUUUGGGUGGGCAUGUCUAUGUGUAAUUUAGGGGCAAAUUCAGAGCACACAGAGGUGAAUGUGAUUUCACUAAUGCCAGAAAUAGUAAACUCACUGGUGUAUUACUUACUGAUGUGCUUCACAAAGUUCACAGACGGAAAGAGUAUGAUGUUUACUCCUCUUUGACCUGUAAAGGAAGUCCCAGAAAUUUCCCUGGUGAAUUCAGAGCUGGAAGAAAAAAAUUUUAGUUUCUCUUGAAAAGACCCUUCUUUGAUUUGAAUGAUAGAAUACUUUAAGUUGGAAGGGAUCACUGGAAGUCAUCUGGUGGAAUCUUCUGUACAAAGCAGGGACAACUUCAAACUUAGAAGGUGUCAUACCCUCUUCAUUUGGCUGUGCAAUUACACUGCCUGUUGUACAGGGAAGGAGUCACCUCUGCUCCCCCUCCAUGGUCCAUCAGGCUGGUCUGGGGUGUGAGGAAUUAAUUUAGCAAUGGCACUUCUGCAUGCAUGUCUGCCCAAAUUUUAGGCAACCUGAGAAUAGAUGGAGCAGUUCCAGCCUCUGAUGUCCCAAAAAAUCUGUGGAAAAUGUAGAAAACUCUAGCACAAAGAGAAGAGUGCAAGGGAAGCAACACCAUUGCUGUAGGCUGUACAGGCACAUGUAGCCUCAGUUGCAAUAACGUGCAUUGCUCAUUUAAGAAGUGAUUCUAGGAACGCGUUAACUCCCUAACUCAGUAGCCAAUGAAGUCUGAUGUCUAAUGCUAAAAUCACCUGCACCUUUGUGACACAGGAAGAAGCUACAGAAUAGGCUUUAUCCCCCAAGAACCCAGAUUCAGGUGUGGUUGAGCAACUUAGUCACGCACAUCAGCAGGACUCUCCACAAAUGAUGAGCAGUUAAGCAUGAAGGCUUCACUGUCACUGCCCAGCUACUCAGAUCUCCGUGUCAGUAUGCCCAUCAUGGAUCACAUUUUCCUAUCUUUGAUAAUACUGAAGGAGCUCUUUUAUUAAGACACAGCAACUAUUUUGCCUUCAGAAGUAAGCCUGUUCUUAGUCAUGGUUCACCCUUCCUCACAGCAGGAGAUGUCAGGAAAAACCCUAGGGUUCCUGCAAUGAAGGUCUAUAGAUUUUAUUUUCCACUUGAUACUAAAAAUGAAGGAAUGAUAUCUGGAGGUUAAGGAGAAUGCUAGACACUAGGCACAGUGCAGCAACGUACCCUGCAGGUCACUUUGAACACCAGUUGCACAUAGUCUUCCUCUGGGUAUGUGAAGGGCUGGAGAUGCAGAGGGUCAGGUCCACCUCUCCUUUCUACUGCUGUGCAAAGCACUGCAAUGGCAACUAGCCAACAGCCAUACUGCCUCAACCUCACCCUCAACAGGAAAAUCCUCCAAACCAUUUAGCUCAUUGUUAGUUUGACUCCAAGCUCAUCUCUGAGCAAUGACCAACGCAGCAGCAUCCCAGGAGACUCCAUGACUCAGAACCAUUCUUGUAAUCCAGUUUCUUUGCUACUUGUUCCUCCAGAAAACCAAUUGUUGCUACCAGCAGUAAAUUACUUAUGUUGCUACACACCCUCCAGGGAACUAUUCAGACCAGUGAAUGAAGGGGUGGGACCACAUUUCUUUUCAUUACUCCCCUACUACGCUAUGAGAGUAUUUGGGCAAACAGGUUCACUCAGCACAACAUAACUCCUCCUGAAUUGUUCCCUUCCUGGGAAAUGAUAUUGCCCAAAAAUUAAGCAGAAUUACACUUUUUUAGGAUCUAUAGUAAUAAACUCAUUCAGUUAAACA